UCUACCUAGAGUCAAUAGUGAGAUAGUAACUACUGUUUAUAACCUAUAAAUUUCACUUGAUCUCUCUUUUUACCCGGUUAUAAUAAUUAAACAGCGCGAUGUGGUGGUUUAGACAAAUCAGGAAACAUUUACCUAUAGCCACAGGGCCAUUUAUGCCUGGCUGUAUAGACGUCAUGCUGGGAUACAACAAAGAAGAUCCCUUCUUGAGGCUAUAUUACCCUACACAUGAGAAAAAAGACGCACAAAACAAUAUAGAAAGAUUUAUCCCCUGGAUUCCAGAUGAUAGCUAUCUAACGGGGUUUUCAAAAGUUAUAAUGAUUCACGUUUACAUUUUGCGGAUACUCUUUUGGUGGUCAGAUCGAAUAUGUAUUCCUGCACUGUACGGAGCAAAAAUAAAGACAGACGAAAAACUAAAGUGCAUAGUGAUGUCGCAUGGGUUGGGAGGUAACAGAUUUUUAUACACAAACAUUAGUUGCGAGCUAGCAUCUAGAGGAUUUUUAGUCGCUUGUUUAGAACACAGGGACUUGUCGGCAUGUAACACCUACUACUAUGAGAAUCGCGAGGAUGCCCUUAAAGAUAAACGUACGCCUUUAGAUUUCCUUUACAUCAAACUUGGGGAGAACCACUACAAAGAGAGAAACAAACAGAUCAAAAUAAGGUCGCAGGAAUGUGGGAAAGUGUUAGAUUUCCUUAUAAACUUGAACAAGGGUAUAGUUCCUUACAACGUUAUAAACGAUGUACCCACAAAGUAUGAUGUCUCGUUCCAAUUAGACGAUCUCGUGGGAAAAUUGGAUGUGAACGAUUUUACAAUGAUGGGGCAUUCGUUUGGAGCAGCUACUGCUUUAUAUACCUUGUCAAAACGUAAGGAAUUCAAGCAGGCCAUUUUACUGGACCCGUGGAUGUUCGCCGUCAAAAACGAAGACUUGGAAGUGAAGAUAGACCAACCCCUUCUUUUCGUCAACACUCAGACCUUCCACAUCAAACAAAACGUGAACGCCAUGUCCAAAUUCCUCACAAGAGACGACAGGAAGAUGUACACCAUAAAACAUACGACACACGAAAACCAAUCCGACACGGUGCUGGUUAUGGGGUACUGGCUCAAUUGGUUCAUGAAGAAACUCGAUCCGCUCGUAGCGUUGAGGAUAAACAACGCUCUCGUGGUAGAAUUUCUCAACAGGCACGUAGAUUGGCCCGUGGAUAUCGAGGAAGAUAAACAGUACCUCAAGGAACAAAAAAAUAAUUUUGAAUUUGGUCUAACCAAGCCAUGGGCGUAAUAAGUUUCUUGUAAAUUAAUUUGAUCAAUAAAAUAU